GUCUUGUGGUGACGUAGGUCUUGUCUCAUUUUUUCUUCCCAUUCCUGUGCUAUCGGGGGUUGUUAGGUCUGGAUUAUAUUGUUGUCUCCUCCCGGGAUCAGGUUAGCGGAGGAAUUUUAUUUGUCCCCCGGUGAUAGUGAGCGCAGCGCGGACUGAGCCCGUGUGUGAGGCGGCCCGCUCUGUCUCCUUCCUCACGUCUCUCCCGCCUGCAAGAGGCCGCCACCGCCGCUCCGUAGACAGACAGACAAGAAUCGAGAUCUUGGCAUGCAGUAGGCACAAAGUGCAGCAACAUGGAUUGGCUGUGACAAUAGGCCUUGUGUGCUGGCAGCUAGGAUGACUUCCUGCAGAGCUGGCCUCCACAGGGAUCCACUGAAACUCUACUUACCUUGUCAGCACAUCAAGCGGGCUUCUGGAAUGCCUUUAAAGCCAUAUCACAAGCUACAGAAAAAAGAAGCCGCUGUUCUAGACUUAAGGUCAAAUAAAGGCAUGCAUCUGAACAACCAAAGCUUAGCCAAGGAAGAACAGUGUAAUGGUGCAACCAAGAAAUGUUUACCCUCUAAUGAUAAUCAAGGUCGCAAACCUCUGGGGACUAUAUCUCAGAACACUAUGUGCAAUACCGCUGCAGUGAGCCCAUCUAACGACUUUGAGAUGCGUUCAAAGAACGUUCCAAAUGAAAUUCACCAAGGUGAUGAUGAGGGGUGCCACUUGGACAGCUGUGUACUUAUAAAGCCUGGCAAUACCAAGGAAAAGAUUGCCUUCUUUGCAUCACAUCACUGCAGUAACAGGAACAACUCGAUGAAGCUAAAAAGCACUGGGGACAUGAGUGGAAGAGCUGCUAAACGUCGAAAGAAAUCUGACCUAAAACGUGGAAAGAAUCACUUGGAGAAGGUGCAUGAGGUGCAUAAAAUGUGCCUCCUACCGGAGUCUUUCCCGAGUGGAGUUGAAAACUGCUCUAUUUUUGUCACUGAUGAUGGAAUUCUUCCCUCUCGCCCUCUUUCUGUAAUCGAAAUGGUAUCUUUUCUAGAGGAAAGGGCAAGUGUGUUACUUUCAGACUGUACAAAACCUUUCAGCAUUGCGCAUCCUUCGAAGUGUGUUGGACUUUCAAAAUGUGGCCACCCGAGUGUUUCCUUGAUGGCGCUUGAAGCCAAUGAAGCUGCUUCUGAUAAAGAACAUUCUGAGCAGUCAGAACUGGAAUCUGUAUGUGUCUUGGAAAUGGUUGCGAAACUGGAGUCUGAGUGUUUGAAGCACCAGAGUGAGCGGGAGUCCGGUGGACUUUCAAGAAGCAACAGCUUAAGGAGGCAUGUUGGACGAAUGUUGCUUGCCAGUGGCAUGCAACAAAAUGCUAGCCAUCCAUCCAAGCCUUCCACUGCUCUUGACCCUGAUCAAGAACUUGCUGCUUCUGCUAUGGAGAACAAUAUCCUGCAAAAUAAGGAAGACCUUUGUUCUGUGAAAUCAUGGGAAAAUCAUCCUUCAGCUAAGCCCCAAGAUCUGCCACCUGUAGAAGACUGUUUCGUGGCCAGUGUAGGCUUGGAGUUUGUCAAGGAGACUUAUUUAAAAUUAGGAUGCAAGGGUGAUAUUGCGGUAACUGUGGAUCCUUGUAAAUUUUCAAUUUCUGUCUGUAUAAAAGCUGUCGAAUGUGUCCCGAAUUCAUUUGAGAGUCCGACUCCCAAUGACCAAGUGGAUGAUAAAAAAGUGGAGGCGUCUUCUGACUCCACCUCUCUUAAGGCUGCCAGUGUAUUAAUGAACACUAUGUCACAACAGAAAAGAGGGCACAUACAGGAUAAAGCUUUAACUGGGGACACUUCUCCAGGGAAAAUAUUUUUUCCAAAUGAUCAAAAAGGUUCAAAACGUGCACAUGGACACUUCAGUCCAGAAGUGAAGUCUGGGGCAGAGAACCAGGAGAAAAGGUCAUUUGACAAUACUCUGUGUUUGCAGAAUAGCUCAAUGAUUGCACAAUACUCAGUCACUAUAUCUUCACUUGGAAACGUAACUCAGGUACUUGACUCCUGCUCUGUAAAGAGACAGGUGUCGCAUGAUUUCCUCGAGACCAGAUUCAAAAUUCAACAGCUGUUGGAGCCUCAGCAGUACAUGGCAUUUUUGCCCCACCACAUACUGGUGAAGAUCUUUCGUUAUCUUCCCACACGAACCCUGGCAGCCCUAAAAUGUACCUCUUGCUACUUUAAAUUUAUCAUCGAACAUUACGACAUUCGACCGUGCGACUCGCUGUGGGUCCGGGAUCCUCGCUACAAAGAUGACCCUUGCAAACAGUGCAAGAAAAAGUACGCAAAAGGUGACGUGUCUCUCUGCCUUUGGCACCCCAAACCUUACUGCCAAGCCUUGCCAUAUGGCCCUGGUUUUUGGAUGUGCUGCCACAUGUCUCAAAAAGAUAGUCGGGGCUGUAAGGUGGGGCUUCAUGACAAUCGUUGGGUGCCUGCUUUCCACAGCCUUAACCGAACAGUUUGCAAGAAGUCGGAAUUGGAAUUUGAAGAGGAUUAAAAUGGUAUUGGUCUUGUCGAGGAGGACCUUCGUACCCCAUGCUGUUUACAUUGUACAUAUUCAUGGGGAUAUGAAACUGCACAUACUUUGACGCAAGAGCCUUUACUUUGGUUUUUUUAUUUCUUCAACUGGAUAAUUAGCCCUUUUAUGUAAAUAACUAAUAGGUGUACAUAAAAAAAUCUAUUGCUAACUGACGCAACCUAAUCUUUACAAUGCAGAUCUGAAAGUUUUGUGGCUACAGGUGGGCGUGUGUUGUGCGAGUGUAUGUAUUUGUUUUUUCCUUUAUUUGUCUUGUUGAUUCUCUAUAUCCUGUGUUUGUGUGUGUUUGUUUUUUUUUUUUCUUUUUAAAAAAAAAUAUACAGGGCUUGAAGCAUUUAAAGUGUUUAUUAUAUGGUUUAACUGGACGGCAGCAUAAUCUGAUUGGCACAAGUGUCUGGAAUACUGUGAUAAGUGAAUAUGAGGUGAUCUAUUGUAUAGUGGCUGACUGUAAAAGGAGGAAUUUGUCUUUAAUUCAAUAAAAAUGUGCAUCCUGAAUCUC